UACUCACCUAUCGUCGUAGGACGAUUCAACAUGUAUCAAUCUCGCGAGUUUUCGUCUACCUUCAACCGAAAACCAGGGCGAAAUCAGUGCAUUUUCCUGCCUGCCGAAUGAAAUUUAUUUUUCUGUUCCUUCUAGUUGUUCCAUUGUUUCUUCAGGUCCCAGCAGGUCCCUCAGGUUGGCUCAAGAUCAAAUUGACUCCGACUAAACAUCCUCAAAUGCUUUGUUGUCAUUACGCGUAUUCAAGCGUUAUCCUAACUGGUAUUCCUCUCCCAGUUUUGCAACAUCUCCAAAUACCCGUGAUUGCAGUCAAUUUCCGGCAAGGCCACAUCCAACUUUUCGAACGGGGAAUAGCAUUGUCGGCACUUUCUCAGAUCAAUUUAGACCUGUUCCUCGUCAUUCAUGAUCAAUUUCUGAUACUGAAAGGCCCUGAUACUCUACAGUAUCGGUCAACACCGAUAACUAUCCCGAGAACCUUUUAAGGCACCGACACGGCCGUCAAUUGUGCUUCUUGUAGAGAUUAUUCGGGCUUUGGGGUAUGUGCGCUCUAUAAUUACUCCGAAGGGCCUACAUAUGUUUCUACCAACACAAUAAAUGCUGGACUUCAAGAACUACACAUAUUCGACACGUAUGUACGUUACGAAUAAGUUUCAAAGCUUACGUUUUCCGUAAUUUUAGGUACACCAGUAGCCUUCCU